AUUAGUGACGCAGGUCCGGGGUUUUGUAUCCCCUUUUUUCGCUCGGAUCAACCAUGCUGCUACGCUCGAAGCAUUCGUCCCUCCACCUGAUGCGUCAAGUGUGGCCGUUCCGUUUUGGUUUUGUCCGACAUGGAUAGUCCUUAUCUGCAGGGGCUUACCGCAGAACGUCUCCGCAGUCUGCAGGCACUGUUUGGGACUGCGAGGAAGCUUCUCUGGUCCGCGACUGGAAACCCCCUAUCAGGCCAUGACCAAAGGCCUUCUACGCACUUUAGCUAACGAGAAUUCACAUCCGCUACUCCAGCACCUCACCAUCAUUGACCCUGAUGCUAUUGACACUGAUACCCUAGCCACUACACUCAUGCGACUUGUUCACACGGAUGUCUACAACAAUUAUAGCCUUGUAGACUGCACUGAGAAUCCUGAAUGGGAACUCCAUCUAGAAAACAGGAUAAUGAUGAUCCCUCGGGUACUUCCCUGCCAUACAAUAAACCGACAACUCUUCACUAGCCAUGGCUUUUCCAGUAUGGAACAUAUCAAUCCCCAUUUGGUUCCCGUCAAGGUUGUUCCUGAUAAGGCGGGACUCACACUAGCCUCAUUACCCCAGCAAAUGCUUCCAGGCCAGACCUUACAUCAGCAGAGCAAGAAUAAAGAUAUCAUUUUUAUUCGGGUUCAUUAUGCCACUCUUUCCACUAUCCAUGUCCAGUCUGCUAGUUAUCUGCAUCUUGUUUUCGGGCGAGACCAGAAGACUCACAUACAUAUUUUAGCACUGUCUGUCUAUCAUGGCUCGGUCAUUUCUACACCAGCAUCCUGGUGCUUAACCGCUCCCAGCUGGCUGGCUGAGGAACAUGAGGCAGCAUUCUUACACGAAGUAGCUACGGCUAUAAUUACCCGUCACCUGGUCAACAAAGCACCAGCCAAUGCUGUUCUUCUAAAUGAUGAAGCUGCCGCAUCUCUUCAACAAUCCAUAGCCAUUAUGGCUUCCACGGAAGGGAUUAAAGUACGCUUUGUUACAAGCACUAAGGUCAGCGGAAGAAGCCCAACCACAAUUAUCAUUCCACCCCGUAGCUCAUCGCGUGCAAUAUCCUGCCUGUUGUCUACUGGAGUAUCGGUUUUCGCCAGUUUCAGAGUUCAGGCAGACGGCACUUUCGCUCGCAUUAAGUCUUUGCUACCUCCCGCAGUAGCGACCUACGGCUUACAUACGUUCUACGGCAACUCUUCAGUCUCAAACCUAGAGGGUAAAGGCAUUUCCUGCUCAGAUAUAUUGGCAACAUCCUGUCUGUUUGCAGAACAGCAAGGAGGCUCGCAGACUACUGUUUCCAUGAUAACUCCCGGUGACAUUUGGUCGGACUCACUCAGCAGCGAUUGCUCCAUCAUUGUCAACUGGUUGCAUUCGCGGCCAGUUUUGGCAUAUCCCCUAUCGACUAGUUCUCUUGUGGACUUGAGUGCCUACAAGACAUAUUUGCUAGUUGGAAUGACCGGUGAUCUCGGACGAUCAGUAUGUCAUUGGAUGAUCAUCCGCGGGGCUCGAUGCUUGGUCCUUACCAGUCGAUCUCCGAGCAUUGCCUUCCAGGUCUGUUGCAUUCAGAUGCCUGUGCCGGACAACUCUGGGGUAUGACAGAGUGUGGAGUUGCCCUUCACCAACGCUACCCUGCCAAUGGCAGACCAGGACAGGGUGACUUGGGAAGUAUUGGACCUAUCACUA